AUGAAGAGGUCAAAGGGAAAGGCUCCGGUAAGGCCCAAAGGGUCGAAUCUUUCCAGGCUUGGGCCUCAAUCGGUACUAAGUAGUGUGCCAAAGGGAUAUCUUGCUAUGAUGAAAGAUAUCCAAACCGAAGUUAAAAGCAUUGACGACAGUAGGCCAGUAAAAAAAAGAAAGCGUCAAAGAGACCAAGUAGGGGAUCGGGUCGAUUUGGAUUCAGCUAAUGACUCUGAAGUAGUAUACAUCUCCUCGGAUUCUUUAGAAGACCCAGACGAACGGCAUCCGACAUCAGAAACGCAGAAACAUUACUACACAAAUUCGAUCCAACUGAUCGAAGGUAAUCAGGAUGAUGAUGAAGAUGAAGAUGAAGAUGAAGAAGAAGAAUUUGAGUGGGACGAUGUAAAUCUUUUGAAUGCUGAUACGGGAGUAGCAGACACAGCAGAAAUAAACUCCAAUGGUGGCGAUGCGAAUAAUUCUGUCGUAGGCACGUCAAAGGAAGCAAGUUCGACUCAAGGAAUUACCAUAUCCUUGAAUGCCAAAGAAACCAAGUUAACUUCGAAAAGUCGCAAAGUACAUCAUUUGACAAAAGAGGAAAAAGCUGACAGAAUUUUGAUUCAUAAACUCCAGCUUAUCUGCCUCCUACACCACAACUCUCUCCGUAAUCACUGGUGCAAUGAUUUUCUCCUUCAUAGGGACUUCAAAAGGGUAUUAAGUAAUAAUAUUCUACAGGAGCUAUUUCCACCAGACCAUUUAUCUCCCACUUUAAAAACUCGAAAAUUUCUAGACGGGCUACGCCAUGCUUGUAAGGCAUGGAGUAACAGUUUCCGUAUCACACACAAGGGGUUGAGAAUGCUCGGCUGGGAUGAAAUAUUUAACAAGUCUCGACUGAUUGAGAGCCGAAUGGGUAUAGAAAAAUUUAGAAGGCAAUUGACUAGAUUUAGAGGGUCUAGUGAUUUAUCCGCUCAAGGAUUUUGUGCUCUUUUGAGAUCAGUGGAUGUGGAUGCCAGGCUUGUCUGCUCCCUUCAACCACUGGAUUUUACAUCUAAUACACCUAUGGAAGAGUCAGCAGAAUCGUCAGAUAAGGAUACCUCUCGAGCUGGAAGUCCUAGUUCCAGGCACCCCUCGACAUUUCAUCAGGGCAGUGCUUACCCCAUUUAUUGGGUAGAGGCAUGGGAUCCAGCCAGCUCAAGGUGGGUAUCGGUAGAUCCAACAGUAACACAAUCGGUGGAAGUUGUUCGAGGAAGGUCAAAACUGGAACCUGCUUUGUCAGACCCAUACAACUCUCUCCGAUAUGUCAUUGCAUUUGAACGCGAUGGCACUGCUCGCGAUGUGACAAGACGUUAUGCCUAUCAAUACAACUCCAAAACGAGGAAAAAGCGAAUAACAAAUACCGAAUCAGGUGCGGUAUGGUGGGAGCGAGUUAUGCGAUACUUUACACCUCGUCAGCUGGACCCAAGAGCUAUCGCUGAAAUUGCGGAACUUAAAAAACGGGAAGCAUCCGAAGGACUACCAACGAAUAUACAGGACUUCAAGGGUCAUCCUAUAUAUGUUUUGGAACAACACUUGCGUCAAAAUGAGGUUCUCGACCCGAAAGUUCCUUGUGGGACACUAGCCUUGAAACACACCAAGAAAAUCCAAAGAGGAUCUUUUGAAGCGUAUGUGGGUGGAAAAACAUGUCCUGUUUAUCAUAGGAAGCAUGUUAAAAUAGUUCGUUCAGCCCAAUCCUGGUAUAGACUUGGUCGUGUAGUCAAAGCUGGCAGUCAGCCUCUUAAACAUACAAAAGCCAGGAAGAGUCUCAGCUCUAAAUAUAGCGAUACAGAAGAUGCAGGUGAAGAGGAGGCAAAUGUCGGAAUGUAUUCACUUGAUCAGACCACCAAGUACGUACCUCCACCAAUUGUAGAUGGGAAAGUGCCGAGAAAUGCAUUUCGCAACAUCGACGUUUACGUGCCAUCUAUGAUACCAGAGGGAGGCCGACAUUUAAGGUAUCCCAAUAUUAACUUGGCGGCUAAAAUCCUUGGGGUUGACUAUGCUGAUGCUGUUUGCGGGUUUGACUUUGCUCGUAGAAAAAUGAAUCCGAGAAUCGAGGGGAUAGUCAUUGCAGCCGAGUUUGAAGAAGCUGUAAUGGAAGUCUAUAACCAUCUGGUGUAUGAGAAGGAAGAAGAGGAUAAAAAGGUAGUUGAAGCCAAAGCAUUGCUGAGAUGGAAGCGGUACCUGAUUGCAUUACAGAUAAAGAGCAGGUUGAAUAGAGUCCACGGAAAGUUAGAAGAAGAGUCGAUACCAAAGGCCGAUGGUAGUGGAUCUGAUAGCGAUGUCGUUGUUUCAGAAGUAAACACCACACCGGCGCCAAAAGGUAGAUUUGACCUAUCCGAUAUUGAUGUCGAGAAGCUUCUUGCUACUGGGAGGCUUGCCCCUGCAAGCUCAUCGGUAGACAAUGAGAGCAGUAAUGAAUUUUCAUUUACUGUAUUACAUCAGUUAGAUGGCAAUAAUAUUGAAAGUGCAAUUGUGGUGUCUAGCCGGGAAAACUCAGUUGAAGCGGAACCAACUUCUCACGUACGUUCCACAAAUAUGGUCAGUCGCUCGAACGGUGAGGUUGUCAGCGCUUCUGAAACUCAACAGCUGGAAGAUGACACUGAAACUCAGCCAGUAACUGAAAUACCUCAGAAUGCUGAGCGACUUUCAGAUUCCCCCAAAUCCACGAAUUUUUACAAUGGUGGUGUACAGGAUGCCAAGUUUUCAACAUCUAACCAGUUUUCAAUGGCAACUGUUGCUGACGAAACACAGUUGACAGAAGAGACUCAACUGACGUCUUUGGUAGAAACACAGAUUACUGAGGAGACUCAACAGACAUCUUUUGUAGAAACACAGGAUCUGACCAAAAGCGACGACGACAGCAGUGGAGGGUUCAUGGCCGAGUCAAUGAGCGAGUCCGAGCUUCUCGCUGAACUAGACGAGGAAAUGGACUCGUCCUGA